AUGGAAGAGAAAAUAAAUUGGGCUUUCGAGCUAUAUGACCAAGACAAAAACGGUGUUAUUACAAGGACCGAAUUCGUCCGAAUCCUAAAAGUAAGUCAAGUGUUCGUAUUUUCAGUUCGUGUUUCUCAGCGCUCUUAUUUUUGCGGGUGAAGCUAACAACAUUUUUUAUUUGUAAAUUUACAAAUGACGAUUAAUCGUCAUCCUCUGAAAUUUUUUAUCGAAUGAUUGUAUCUUUUUGUUCAGGUAAUAUAAAGAGUAAAACGAAAAUAACAAACCAUUACGCUUACGCCAAAAUUAACUAUUAUGUACGAUGCGCAUCGAGCAUAACAAUAAGAUUGGUAAACCAGUACUACCAUUCUGAGCAUGCCUUUAUGUAUAAACGUUUUAUGGAUAGGAAUAUAUACUGGUAAAUAUUUGUAGGUAAGUAAGCGUGCCUUACCCUUAAAUAUGGUUAGCGUCUGACACUUCGGCCCAUGUCUAAAUUCCUAAUCUUAGAUAAUAGAUCAUAUUCCGCGCAAAUUAUAUUUAGACCUUUCCUAAAAAUGCCGUCAGUUAGUUAUGAUUGUUGGAUAAUGUAUUAUUAAGUAGUUUUCCUAUACUUGUGACUUAUUUUCAUUGUGUUAAAACGCGACCACCGGACCAAAUGUUUCCUUUGACUUAUUAAAAUUCGUUAAAACAGCAAAACAGCAACUAUGCAGCAACGCAAACUGAGUGGCCAAAAGAUCAAUAUACACUACAAACAAAUUCAGGGAUAUCUGACAAAUGCAUCAUAGCAUGUAGACAAUAAUUAUGAGCGACAAAUUAGGGAUGAAAUCGUAUGGGCCUGCUAAAACUCCAAAAUAUUUACUCUCUUUUCACCCUGCGCACCGUGACCAAGGCAUGCAAAGCAAAGGAAAUGACGGAAUUCCUUAGCCAUUCAGGAGUUGUACUUAGCAAAGAGGGUGAUAUGCUAAUUAACAGGUAUUCUAUCGAUCGUCCAUCGCAAUCACAAACCUUCUUGGAGUUAAAUUUAGAAUCCAAAGACCCAUGGUUGUUCUUAUUCCUAUUUCUGAAUCAAUUCAUGCAGGUGUCCCAACCAAUUAAGUUGAUGGGAGAAGGGGUAAUGUAAACUGUAAGUGUGACCUGCAGAUAUUUAGUUGAAGAUUUUCCGGUAUGCGCUUUAUUCAAAAGGUGUAUAUAAUCGAAGUGGAACACGGAGCGCCUUUUGGUAAAAGAUGCAGCCAACCCGCAAGCUUCGCGACCGCAAAAGACCGGUCAGUGCUUCUUUUGCGCAGAGAAAACCGAUUGAUGUACUUCAAAACGCAUUUGAAGGAAUUUGCUAAAAAGAUAUGUGGAGUCAGUCGUCGCGAACUCAUAAUCCCCUUUCAAACAUUGGUACAAAUUCAUAAAAAUGUCAAACGGUUGGAAAUCUCCAGGUUUGAGUUGACCAAAAUUACAGACAACACCCUUACUAUGCAAUAUCAAUACGAAAACGUGGUCUAUCCAAGCAGUGGUUAGAUGGGCAGGUCAUUAACAAACAGCCGCUUUGACAAACCCCCAAGGCCUCAGACCCCUAUUAUGCAUUUCUCGAUGACAUCAGUUUAUUCUAAUUUUCGUUUUUGUACAGGCAUACUGACUUGUAUUUGCUUUAAACCCAACGCUUUAGGGCUUCUAAUUACGAUCUUUUUUAAAAAUACCAGUUUUUGGGACUGAAUAAGUCAGCUUAAAAGUAUCUUUGUUUAUUAACAAUUAAAUCCACUCCGUACGGUUAUAUCUACAUUAACGUCUUUCGGAACUGUCUCAACAUCUGAAAAUUGUUGUCAAACGAUAUAUUAAAAAGAAAAUAUUCAGCAGAAAGUUCCACGCACGCAAAAAUACUGUCGUACUAGUUUUAAAGUCAAACUCCGCAUGUGUUAAACCCGCCUGAAUCCUUUAUGACUACUUGAAAUACAGCGGUUUUUGUCAUUGUAGGAAGUAUUUAUGUAUUCAUGCUGAGUUGAUAGGGCGAAUCGCCCACAUCCUAUCUAACACCUUGAAGGGAAGCACGAUUGCAAUACUAUGUUGCUUAAUAAAUUUUUCGCUUAAGUCUCGAUCAUAAAUUCCUUCCACAGACUGCGUGUACACGUAUCUUUAGUGGUCAUGCGUUGUACGCUCCAGUUCUAGGCAGCAACUGCACAGUGUUAACGUUUACUGUCUGCUGUAAAACAAAGUUAAACUUGUUGUUUUUUCCAAAUGCUUCACAAUCUGGACAAAGCGGGUCAUGGCAAAUCCUUGUCUAGAUCUGUUUACGUAUUAAACUUAUAGUCCCGGCAUUCUGGCGCACUUCGAAAUAUUGCACUUAUUUUUUGAAAUUUACUGUUGAUAUUUGCAUUGUUUGUUGGCCGAUCAACUUCCAUGAAUUGCUUAUGUCUAACCACAUCUGGCCCAAUGUGAACAUCUGCGAGAUUGUUUCCUUACUGUCUCUGCAUAUUGAAGGUUUUCUAGAAGGCCAUAUAGACUCGGUGGUCUAAAGUUCACACAUUCGUAGUUGCCCCUCAGUCGUAGUCUUUCCUAACUUGAAACGUUAUCUCGUCUUCUCCACUGAGUCCUAGUGUAAAUGAUUAACCGACUUCAGAGGUAGGCGCACGCAUUACCUACCGACGUCUCGCAAAGUUGGACGAGUACAUUAUCCGUCGUUAGAACAAACUUUAGGGAAAUGUGACGGCCUACUUAGCUAUACAACGACAAAACGCAGACAAUAUCCGUCAAAAGACUGUAAAUUACGACCCUUUAGGACCUUAAACUCCCCAUAUUUAAUAAAGCUGUCAGAUUUAUGCAUAUUAUUCAAAGACCAAAUUAAUAUUUAAUUGUCAUCUCUCAGGAUAGUCGGUUAAGUGGAUUUUGAACUGGGAAGUCAGGUUACCUUCCUUAUUAGUUUUUGUAUUAUAAAGAAAUUAUCAACAUCCGUUGAUUCUGGCUAUUUCAACUCUACCAGAAGAACUUUUGAUAAUAACAGGAGUAUUAUCAUAGAAACUCUGAAUUGGUGAUCCCUUUUGCUGUACGAAAAGAAAAAAACAGUUACACGAUAAGUUUAACUGCUUUUGCUCCCAUCCUCUACUGCCUGAUCGCCUACGCUGUUUGCAGACUUGGAUCGAUGCGUAGAAAUGCAAGAACCACAUAAACAGUUUUGGUAGCAACAACAUGUAUCGACCGCCAUAACAAUUGCGCCAUUCACAGGGAAUCAGCAUUUUUACGCUCCUAAACAAAGUUCUCUGUCUAUUAACAUAGGUUCGAUUACAACUCUCCUAACCCAAUUUUAUGGGUAGGCACGCAAAUCUGAACCAUGAGUUUUUACGUAAUAAAGUGUUCUUUUAAAGAGUACUAUCUCGGGAGACAAAAAAGACCUUAACUUACCAAAAGUCAGACAAUGUGCAGUCUCUAUCGAAGCAUAAGUCGAUAACAGCCAACGUGAAUUCAAUAGAUUAAUUUGUCUUCUGCAGACUAAAGAUGUUGGCAACCAACUGAUUUAGACAUGACUUGCUCUAUCAAAGUAGAUUGGACGUUGUUGCUUCAUUAUCUCAAACUUUACAUUUUUAUUUGAGUAUUUAAAUCAUUUUCAUGACUUUUCGGACAAACAGUUGUUACUUAUGCCAAAAGUCCUCUAGGCACCAAGGCUCCACUCGCUCAGUAAAGUAAAAGCCCAGGGAGGGAAGGUAGAUAAGCGGUGAUAUGCCGUUAAAGAAAGAGACAUCCUUGAUUUACAAUGCAAAAAUGUGGCUCAGGAAUACUCAUCGGUUAAAUUCGCACAGCCUCAUCUUAAAUAUACUGUCAGCGCAAUGUCAUCAUCUUAUCUCUGAGGUAGUUUGAUUUGGUUUGAAAAUAAGAGUUGAACGUAAGCAAAAGUUUAAAAAUGAAUGCUUGUCCUUAAAAGCCCAACGGUUUUGGCUACAUAGACAUCCAUAUCACAUUUCUGCACCUGGCUAAGUCGGCGACGAAGCAACAUUUUGAGUGACUUGCCAAAAAUUCACAACUCAUUCGCAAAUAGGUGAACUCCCAUCUUCACACUUCAAAUUCAGGGUGGUCUACGAAAUCCGGGUUGCCAUGUGCAGUAGGAUGACCUGAGAAGGCGUUGUGAUCCCAAGCCACCCCAGGUGCACUUCCAACUUUAGUCCCAAUUUCUAGCCCCCCUUUCGAGCCUUUUUUGUAAGUUGGAAAAUUAGACGUCUAAAACAUCAAUAAUACAACCUCAUUAAUAUAACAGUUAAUCGGGAAGUGCAACAUAAAUGUUGUGAUCUUUUUUCGAAGUCUUGCGCUACAAAGAACAAGUGGGUCCGCAAUAAUCCUAACACCCGUUUAGUUCAAUCGGCCGGGUACGGGUGGAAUGUGUCCUUUGUGUAUCAUCUUUGUCCACGCGAUAGAUGCGCUAGACCAGCACAGGGGCUAGAUGAGAUUCCAGCAGCCGUUAUCCGAAAGACACACCUAUUUGGGACGUGGUGCCAAGCCCGAAGCGAUCCAUUUAGCAUCCCUGCCGCCCUUUAUUUGUGUUAUUGCGUAAAAUCCUGAUCAAUGUUCGAUGUGGGGGAGAGGGAAUGUGCUGACGCUCGUGGGUGCGGAUAUUCGUCGUACCAUCCAACUGCGCCGUCUCCCGCCUCCGGUCUUCUUGGUUUUUUCUCUUGACACCGGGUCAAGGUUGGGGAAGAGGAGAGAGUGUGGUAGGUGCAGCGAAAGUCUUCUUUUACUUCAAUUUGACCCACGCGCAAAUCACAGUCCCUGAUCUCAUCCUGCUGUGGGGCACACGGUGGGCAUCGUCGGUAACGAUGACGAAUUGUCGUACGUACGACCGCAGAUAAAUCAUGGAAUAUCGAGAAUGUAAUCCAUUUCGCUUUAUGACCAGUGCACUCAUCAGAGACUGCAUUUGUUUCGACGCAGGACGUAGGAGCAUGUCGAGGAGGUUAGGACUUAUAGACGAAAAAUUAAAUUAAAAUCCUUCAGUAUAAAGGAAGUGUAGGCCGAACAUUCUGAAAAGCACGACACUUAAACACAUAGUGAGCAUAAAUGGAAAAAUCAUUUAAAGUCAGACGUCAGUUCUAGUCUUGCUCGUGCCAACCACCUGUUUCUUCUAUCAACGUUCUUCAGCAAUCAGAGUUUCUGCAAGGUGUCUUCCAAAUAAUCGUCGGUGUUUAUUCCAGAGAUCUCAGGAAAAACUCGUCUGCACAAACUAACGAGGCCACAGACUGCUGCAGAAUCUUUGCUUAUAUUAUUGUCGCAUAGCAUGUGCUAAUUUUCUGUGGUUGAAAAAUUAGGAAAGAUAAGCUUUAUGAAGACUACGUCCUGAACAGCAAUUGGAAAUCAAAGGAGUUAGGCCAGAAGCCACAUAUCACGUUGUUUCUACUUUACUGGAACGACUAAACAGAGAUAACAUGCUGAUAGGAACGAACAGGCGAGUUCCAGGCAGCAAUUCAGAAGACGAAGAUGAGAUCACUGGAACAAGAAAUUUAUUUGCCUGACGUCUCGGAUUCUCACUCGAAUCCAUCAUCAGAGACAGCCGCAGAUAAAGGUGAAGGUGGCACAAGGAGUGCAAUAUCUAUAGCACGUGGCUGCCGUGGGACCAUAUGCUCACUGUAAGUAACAGCUCUCGCAAUCACCGCUGGGGUCAUAAUUGAUGCGGUGGUAGCUUGUCGGUCCGAGUCCGAGUCGUUAAUUGUCGUGAUUUCGUCAUCCGUGCUGGAUGCUAGUGUGACGAUUGCCCGGCAAAUUGGCUCACUGUCACUGGGAUAAUUGCUCACCGCGACCUCCCCACGUGACUCAUUCCUUUAUCCAGGGAAAAUCUCAGCACGGAAUAUGGUACCGGGAGGUCAUUGCGCUUGUUGAUGGAUUGCGGGCCUGAGAACCAUGACUCAAGCAGCUCGCAGCUCACGCGGUUGCCACUCCUUGCGAGGAUUUCGACCUCUUGAAAUUCGAAAAUAUGGUCGGGUCCCGUCGAAUGUGCCGCCACCUGAGAGCUAUCGUCUCCCCGCCUCACUGCUGCUGCGUUCUUGGCAAUUCGCGUACGGAGUAAUCUUCCAGUUACUCCGAAGUAGUUGCUUUGUCUGCAACUGCAUCAGAUCCGGUAAAUGACUCCGAAGGAACCUAAGUCACCACCUAGGGGUACCCAAAAAGGAUAAUUACUUUCUACGGGUAAGUGGGCUAGUAGUGAUGCUCUCUAGCCAAGCACUUUUACUGGACAUUCCUCAUGGUUAAAAAACGUUUGCGGGAAACUGUCGCAGCGGACAGAGAGAUUGAUUUCUCACGUCCCAAGGCUCUUCGCGAUGACAAACUCUUUAGGGAUCAAAGCUUUAACCUUAAAUUCUCUCUCCUGUUCAUGACGGUUUGUUUUUUUUCGACACCAAAGGAGUCGCUCACGUUGAAUUUAUUCCUCAUACACCAUACAAGUGUAGAAGCCAUGUUGUGAGCCAGCGAAAAAGAAACGACCUGACUUGAGGCGACCGGGGGACUGGCUGCUCCAUCAUGUCAACGCGCAUGUCCAUACAAGAUUUACAAUCAUCCAGUUUUUGACGUAACACGGUUUCUAACCGUCCUUACUAGCUCGAGUUGGUCCUUAUGCAAUUUCCUAUUCCAACGAAGGAAAAAAGCCUAAAUGGAAGGCAUUUGCAGAACGUAGAAGAGGGUAAGCGAAAAUCGCGUGAGGUACUUAACAGUAUUAGUGCAGAAGAAUGUGGCAAAUAAUUUAAACAGUAAAAAAUCCGUUGGUACAAUUGCAUAUUAUCUAAUGGGCAGUGUUUUGCAGAGAAGCAAUGUUUUAAAGAUUUUCACUCAAAUAAAAAACCUAAAUAAAUAAUUUGCACUUUUUGUAUGUCUCUUCGUACGUCUGACCCGUAAGCAGCGGAGAGUUUGGUGACGAAUACAAAAAGGCCAAACAGUUAUUUUGAAGUUGGAAGGUUACCGGGUCGAUAUCACCUGUGAAAUAUUAAUUCACGGCGUGAAAGGAUUCAUAAUUUUAUGUAAAAUCCUAGACUGGCAAGCUUUUAAGGAAAUCAGUAAAAGUUGUAGCAUUUUAAUUUGUUUAGAGGUUAACUGUGAACUUGGAGGGGACCAGUAAAUUUAAGGUCUAUAGGCUCAGACCUAAGUUUUUAUGCAUGGAUAUUUGGGCCGAAGUUCAUCAGCGGCAGCGAAUAACCGUGCAAUAUUCAUUAACUUUUGACAUUCAGCUAGCAGUAUACUUUGAGGUAAUACGAUUCCAUACCAACAGCACAGGUACUAGGCAAAAGCCCAUACACGCGUAUUUCGCCGAUAUUCUGUCUCUGCAUGACACAGCUGCGAGGGGUUAGGCUUGUCAGUGGGUCAUCCAGCAUUCCCUGUCUGCUUUCUGGUAGAAACUCCAAUUUAAUAAUUGUAGCUUUUUAAAGUUCCUCAGGAAUUGACUGUGAACUUGGAAUAAAUCAGUAUAUUUAAGGUCUAUGGCUCAGACUUAAAGUAUACUACCAGUUGACUGUCGGCAGUUAAUGGAUAUUACGCGGUUAUCCGCUAUGGCCGAUGGACUUCGGCCCAAAUAUUCCUGCGUAAAAAGUUCGGUCUGUGUCUAUAGACCUAGAAUAAACUGAUCUAUUCCCAGUUAGCAGUCAACUUCUGAGGAAAUUAAAAAGCUACAAUUUUCAAAUUUGAGUACGUACCACGAAGCAGGCGGGAAAUUCUGGGACCCACUGAUGAGCCGACCUCUCGCAGCUGUGUCAUGCAGCGACAGAGUAUCGUCGAAACACGCGUGUAUAAACUUUUGGUUAGUACAUGUGCUGUUAGUAUGGAAUAACCUUACCCUAAAUCAAUAAAAGUAUUUGGACAAUAACCAAAGCAAGUCCCAAAGUAGUCCGGACUCUUAUUCGAGUCGGACGUUUCUGAUCGCCACUGUUUCUUACCAUCAUUGUUUCUUUUGUUUCACCAUUGUUUUUUGUGUUACUAAUCAGAAUCGCAUGCUCGUUUUGGUGAUAUGGCUCAUUUUCAGGUCAGUUCUACCGCGUAAUAUAUAAAAUGUAACGGGUGUGAAUGUUUAUAGAGUUUGAGCACUGUGGCUUUAAUUUACGUACACAACUGUGUAUGUUUUCGGCUCACAGCGCAGACUGCUCUCCAGAUACGCCAGAUCAAGCUGAGGUCAGAUUGGUUCACAGAACGCGUUACUCGAGCCGCGCGGGGUCCGUCUGAGUCCAUAACUGCUGCUGUACAUACCCGUGGCGCCCAUCUUAGGAGCCGAUUCUCAUAUUGCUGAUUCGGUGCGAAGCUACCAGAAAACGAUUGCGACAGGUGAUGCAACAGGGGUUGCGAAGAAACUUGCCCCCCAGUAUCGCCUCAUGCACGCACGAACGCGUCGUUGUUUUCGAUUAAGUCAGAGCCUCCGCACGUCGACCUUGCACAGAAUUCACACGUUCCUGCAAGAAACCAUCACGAAGUACACUCACACUUUCAUCAGUUUUGAAAACUGAACAGCAUCUUCGUAUUACUAGCAAAACAACAACACAAGUUGCCCUGUCUGGAAUUCCCGGGUUUAAUUUUAGGCUAAGGAUUAGGGCAAGUAUUAUGACGGUUAUUGUGACGAGGGUCGGAUUUAGGGUUAGGAGGGUUGGGGUCAGGACAGGGGUAUGGGUAUUCCCAGGAAUUUAACGCGAGGCCGCCUUUAGAUCGGGGGUUCAUAUUCCACUGUCCGACCAUAGAACGAUGAGGUCUCCCUGCUGGUGCCGGAAACUAGUCCGACUUGUUGAUCCGCUUGAGGAAAUGUCAUUUUCAGUCAGCCGGAAAAAUGGCAUAAAAUUGCCCUGAGGCAGCUCAGGUCUUGAGGCCCGAUAAAGUUCUCCUAUAUUUACUACGCAAAGAUCAUCGUGAGCAAACUUUUAGUAAAAUAAAGUGGAACCAACUAAUUUAUCCCAGUCGUUAACCAAACAGCCUUUCGAAAGCAUAUCUCAGCAAUAGAUAGUGUUGCUUUCCAAUACAUCUGCCUCAUAAGUGUAUCCUUAUGGUCAGUAUGACACUAUUUUUUGUUGAAGCUUUCAAUUUCCUUAGAAAUUAACUGCGAACUUGGGGUAGAUCAGCAUAUUUCAGGUCUAUAGGUUCGGACCUAUGUUUUUAUGUUUAAAUAUUUGGGUCGAAGUCCAUCAGCCACAGUGGAUGACCGCAUAAUAUUAAUUAACUUCCGACAGGCAGCUACUAGUAUAAUUUAGGGCAAGGUGAUUCCAUACUAACAGCCAAAUACUUAAGCAUAAGAACUUAGGUCUUAGCUACAGACCUUGAAUAUAAUGAUCUACUCCAAGUUUCUAGGGAAAUUAAAAAGCUACAAUUUCUAAAUUGGAGUAUUCACCAGAAAGCGGACAGGGAAUUCUGGGGGACCAACUAACGAGCCGAAACCCUCGCAGCUGUGUCAUGCAGCGGCAGAAUAUCGGCGAAACACGCGUGUAUGGGCUUUUGGCUAGUACCUGUGCCCUUAAUAUGCUAUCACCUUAUACUAAUUUUUGUUUUGCAUGACGGUAAGAGAGCAGCGGUAAUUCAGUGCAACGCUGAAGUGUUUCCCCAUGUUAUUCAUGUCAGCACUUGCCUGAUUGUUUCCCCUUUAGAACCCACUGUGUGCUCCAGCAGGUGAAUUUUGCUAAUGUGGUGUACUUUAAGUACGGAGACGGCACGCAAUGAUUCAUUCCCUGACUGCGCCUAUUUGAAUCUCUGUGAAGAAGGUGGUAACGCGCGGGGCUUUUCGUCUAAUAAUUACAUUAGACUGGGAAAUACCAUUAAUUUCGGAAUUCCUGUUGGUCUAAUUGAGAACGGACCGCCCCGGGGGUUGCUCUGGUGAACAUGAACGCGGGAAGUGGUCCUGAUCCCCCAAUCGCCAACUUGCUAACCAGUAUAUUUAUGCGCUGAGUCAGUUCUAAUCCAAACGCUCCUACUUCUGACAAUGAACUAAAUUACUGCCCCCCUCCCUUCGCACACGUGCUCAGCAGCUCAAAACAAAAAAAUUUUUAAGCAGUUGCCACGACACACUUGUUGCUCCGAGGGACAUUUUAAACGGGUGUUUUGCCGUCACUCUCCCAUGGGAAAGGACGGCUGAUUGUUUCCUCAACCGUGUCGGCAACAUCAAAACGCGUUCACACGCGUUAUAAACGAAAAGUGUUUGCAAUUCACCUGCAUGAAUUAUUUAAAAAUCUCAUGUCUGACGCUCGGCUUAACAGUAAACAUGCGAAUCAAAAAAGCCCGCCUGACACUGGACUGUAAGCUGUGUCGUGAACCUGUUAUUUAAAGAGGAAUUAGCCAUGUCUCGGUGUAGGUCUAAAAGAUAAGGCUGAGGAGUAGAAUGCAACAAUGAACUUCCUUAACUAAAUCACGACGCGGAAGUUUUAUGAAUUUCCGCAUCUACUUGUUCCCUCAACAUUAGGUCGUCUUUAUAACAGUCGUCGGCAAAUACUGUGAUGAAAAGUUUAGAACCCGAAAACUUGUUUAAUUCCUUGGUUCCCCCACUUGCCAUAUGCAUCUUUGCAAUCAUAAGAAUCGAAGAUCGAAUGCUAAAAUACUUCAGCAUAGCCCCAAAUUUCCAUGAUGAGUCCUGAAAUAUGAAAUUAAUGCAAGCACAUUUCGAUGUGAGACAACUAAUGAGACAGCUGAGAGUGACUGUUACUCAUUAGCUCCCGUGUGGCUAUUUAAGAUAGGUGUCUUAUAACAAAGUUCAUUCGUUCGCCAGAGUCCAAAAAAAUAUCGGUAGCCUAUGAUUUUGGAUAGGUCGGGGCAUAGUCCGGUUUUCAAGCGGAUGAAUCAUUGGAAGGGGUGUCAGAGGUGUCUGUAGAUAUGCGAUCAAGUAUGUGGUUCUUUUUAAUUAGCAUAUAAGUACAGAAACGAUUGAGGUACGUUAAACUUCAUCUCCCAACCGUAGGUUAAAAUAAGGCAUUUUCUUUUAGCAGCAGCCUAUAGCCAUUUUGUGUGGGCCACGGAAUAGGUUUUGCGUCAGCUCGAAUUCCAACUGGUUAAAGUUAGAAUCAUUGUGAAUGCGCACCUUCCAUGUGUGCUGCGUGAGCCACAUUUCACAUGUGCUAUCCUCAAGGCCAUUUACGGCAGAAAAAGUAGUUCACAGCGAGGUCUACUGGCGCAUCGAAAAGUGCUAAGGAAAUACUAAGCACAGUUCCGACAACAAGAACCUGUCCAACCACUGUAAUAGGGUUUCUGAACCUAACCAACAAUGCGCACGGCCUUGGGGGCAAGACGCACUCCGAUAUGCAUUCCUCUUUGCUGUCAUACCUACAACAACCACACCAUUAUCAGAUACCACUUCAACAGGACUUCUGAUAUGAUAACAAAAUAAUAUCCAUUUAGGGCGUCUGAUGUCCCUGAGGAAUCUACGAUCUUGAAGAGAACACUUGCAGUGAAAACAGCUGUGCCACGCCUUGGGGAUUCUUGAUGGUAAAUUCCGUGUGCGAUUUGCGGAAUUAAAGUGGACAGAGUUUUUUGGAACCGUAUAUGAAUCCUACUGAGAAUUCCUUUUCAAAACCUCAUUAUGUAAUAAAAGAUUAAAAAAUGUCAUUAAAAACUCAAUGGACAAUGACUGUAUAUCCGCCACCGAGAAGUUAACGGCUGCAGCGAGAACGACCGCAAAUUUGUCGGCUCUGAGUACAAAAUGUAAUCGACACAUUCAGUCAAACGAUUCUGUCAGCGAGCCCCCAAUUCAGAUCAUGAAUGUCUUGCAAGACAGACCCACACUGUGUAGUUACCCUGCAAAUUCGCUAGAAAAUAAGUCGCCCGUAUGCUUUGUGGUCCGGAAAAAUAUGUACGAUGAUUAGAAACAGUGAAACCAAAAACUAAUGAGGCCAUAACGCAGUGGGUCUAUUGAGUCCUCCUUAGAAGGCGGCCGUUGGUCGGUAAUGAACCUGACAUCUACACUACCAGCAAUGCUGCGUUGAUUUGACGCGUUAGCACUUGCUUGGGGUUCGAGCCGUAUGGCGCAUGAAAUUGUCUAUCGAAAAGUAAACGUACCGCAUCACCUCGGCCGUGGUGAGAUUCUGUUUUGCGGCUAUAGUUCGGCCAUGAGCUGUUUCGCUGCAUCCUAUUUAACCCACUGAAAUGCAUAAUGCGACUUAUGGCGUGAAGAGUCACAAAAACCAACAGAUUUCAGGUAUUAGUUUAAUCAGGUUCUUCACGAAUCUCACUACUCCACUCUUUCUCUCUCUCUCUCUCUCUCACGUAACCUAAGUACAUUGGCCUGAUGUUCCUCUCUGCAAUCAAUCCUAACUUCCGCCAUUUCCCAUUUCACACGUUGCUUAAACUGGAGUCACUCCCAUCAUGCGUGAUAGGGAGAAGUGACGUAAAACCACAGCCAGUUUACGACAAAUAAAGCAUGCGCUGCAUCAAGCAAUCCCAAAAUUCGAGGGUACUGACAACAAGUCAGAAAUGUGUUCCUGAACAGAAGAGUGCUGGGGAGACAGGACAGUCGGUGACUGGGUUGGCAAUUUUGCAUGCCCACCGUGACCGUCAUUGGCACCAUGGCCACUCUGCUGGGGGUUGGAGCAUGCCACACGCGGAUACGUGACAAGCGGACUCAUUGAAACCUGCCGUGCAUGUUGCACCUCUUCUCAGAUCCUGAGAACGCAAGGAGGGAGAUCAACACCUGGAACAUUUUCUUUUCACUUUCAUCGAAAUUCUGGUACGAUGUCAAUUGUCGGCCGUGCUUUGCGAGCACCGAAUGAGGCACAGCCAAAAAUGGAGUAGUACGGGUGGAAUUAGAGCAACGACCGCGUGGAUAAAAUGUGUGGCGUUGGGACUGUCAAAGUGUUGUCGUCUAACUGAGAAACAAAUAUGUCUCAGCGAGGGGAAAUAAGUGCACUGCGGCAAAACUAGAGAUGCCUUAGAAAUGCUCCCAUUGACAACUUCAUCCUCAAAAUUUAAAACCAAAAAUUAAUUGUGAACGGGUCUCAAUGACUAGCAAAACCUGUCAACUGACAACGGUAGCCCGCUGUUUCAACUCGAAAAAAAGUAUCUAGAGAAACUUCACAAAUACAAACUCUACUACUGCCACAAUUUCGUAGUUAAUGUCGCGAGUUCAGUCUGAACGAGGUUUCUUUAGCUCUGUCAUUAUGCUUACUGUGAUAUUCUCGUUCAGGGGUAGUAAUUUUAGGUACAGGGGUAGUAACUAAUAGUAAAUGAUAGUAAAUAAUAGUGAAAAUGCGAUUCCCAGUUGGCACAUCUAAAGAAAAGUAGGCUUUCACCAGGAGAGGUGCGUUGGAUGCUGACGUCUCAAGUAGUUGUUUUGUCUACCUAUCUUCAGAGACUGGGAAGACAUGCACACAGCUCGCCUCAUAUAGCGCACUUUGUUUGACGCCUGUCCCGCCAAUGCCGUCUGUGUGGCUGCAGCGCAUUUUAAAUUUAGGAAGAAUAUCCCUCAAAUGUGAUAACUGUAAAAGAGCUAAAUGAGGAUCCUUAGGAGGCUCAGUGUGCUAAGGGUGGAACCCUGCCUCUUCGGUCAUUCUCCUGCUCCUCCUACUCCUCCUCUUCCUCAUCUGCCUCCUCUUUUAUGCAUCGGUGCUAAAUCCAUUUCAACCAGCCGAGUUCAGCCUGCAGUGUGAAUCCCUAAUUGGCCCUGUAGCAAAAUAAUGCCGUCGGCUGUCACGAAAAGGACUGAACUAUGGGCGACAGUCGCACGGAACGUGGACUUUAGACACCGGGUGCGCAUACCUGUCAUCGUCAAGUUGCACCACUUCUGUCUGUGUUGUGUUGGUGAGUCGUUCAUUCAAAACACAUGACACCGAACUUCCAAUGUCCGAGGGUGGUUUGACGGUAGUGGGUCGGGGGGGGGGGACGCAAACAUUGUGCGGUUAGCCUGAGUCAGAUUUAACUUCAGCAUACUCAGUGCGUCUGCAUGAUAUGCACUUCAUGUCUUGGAAGAAAGUCGACGGCGUGGCAAUGCAUGUCAUUGUGCUUCAUUUAAUUGGCUUUCUUUCUGUAGCAGGUGAAUAAUUAUCACUGGCUGACUACAUACAUGACAUAUACAGGUCCCUGCCUUCGGCACGUUGGCUUUUACAUUGCCGAGCAAUCGAAUUUCUUCCACUGUAAGCCUAUUCUACGUAGUCGUUCAAGACGCUGUUGACCCUGCCUUGAAAAACAGAUCUAAUUCGUUAUACAUUUAUGACAUUAAUUCUUUACUUGACAGUCCUCACUCCCUGAUUUUCUUUUCAGUAAAUAGGCCUCGAAACUGUAAAAUAAAAGACUGUCGAUAGUGAAAUAAUAACGGGGGUUUACGCAUUUCAGCAAAAUAAGUACGCAUGCAUACACCUUUGUAGUAUAAGACAAAAAUGUAAUUUUAUAUGCAUAUUCCAUCUAUUUUACAUCGCUCCUCAUGAAACACAGUCCAUCCUUCCAAAUGGUACACGCAGUUCAUGUAGUUGCUAAAGAGGAUACAAACCCUGUGUUGCAAAACGGAUCUCCAAUUUCUACACAGUUGCAACGUCAGCUAUUCCAUGUUUGACAGCGUUUAUUCACAGUUUUCCUAACAAAUCGACCUCAAAACUGGAAAAAUAUAAGGCUGUUGGCAGUGACGUAAUAACGGAGAUUUGCGUAUUUGAUCGAACUGAAUUUACACUCACAUGCUUUCGAGGUAUAAAGCAAAAAUCCACCUUGGUAUGUAAUCACGUGUAGGGCAUAUCAUGCAGACGCACUGAGUAUGCUGAAGUUAAAUCUGACUCAGGCUAACCGCACAAUGUUUGCGUCCCCCCCCCCCCACCCAAAUACCGUCAAACUACCCUCGGACAUUGGAAGUUCGGUGUCAUGUGUUUUGAAUGAACGACUCACCAACACAACACAGACAUAAGUGGUGCAGCUUGACGAUGACAGGUAUGCGCACCCGGUGUCUAAAGUCCAAGUUCCGGGCGACUAUCGCCCAUAGUUCAGUCCUUUUCGUGACAGCCGACGGCAUUAUUUUGCUACAGGGCCAAUUAGGGAUUCACACUGCAGGCUGAACUCGACUGGUUGAAAUGGAUGCAUAAAAGAGGAGGCAGAUGAGGAAGAGGAGGAGUAGGAGGAGCAGGAGAAUGACCGAAGAGGCAGGGUUCCAUCCUUAACACACUGAGCCUCCUAAGAAUUCUCAUUUAGCUCUUUUACAGUUAUCACAUUGGAGGGAUAUUCUUCCUAAAUUUAAAAUGUGCUGCAGCCACACAGACGACAUUGACGGGACAGGCGUCAAACAAAGUGCGCUAUGUGAGGCGAGAUGUGUGCAUGUCUUCCCAGUCUCUGAAGAUAGGUAGACAAAACAACUACUUGAGACGUCAGCAUCCAAUGCACCUCUCCUGGCGAAAGCCUACUUUUCUUUAGAUGUGCCAACUGGGAAUCGCAUUUUCACUAUUAUUUACAAUCAUUUACUAUUAGUUACUACCCCUGUAACUAACAUUACUACCCCAGAACGAGAAUACCACAGUAGGCUUAAUGGAAGAUCUAAAGAAACCUCGUUCAGACUGAACUCGCGACAUUAACUAUGAAAUUGUGGCAUUAGUGGAGUUUGUAUUUGUGAAGUUUCUCUAGAUACUUUUUUCGAGUUGAAACAGCGGGCUACCGUUGUCAGUUGAAAGGGUUUGCUGGUUGUUGAGACCCGUUUGCAAUUACUUUUUCAGUUCCGCAAAUAUUCCCAUGUUACACUUGGAAAGUCAACUUGGCAAACACGUGAUUUCGGUAAUUUUUCUUCAGGCCAAUACAUUUACAUGAAGGAAUGAAAAUGUCCAAAAUAAACAGUGUUUAUGGGUUUCUCAAGAGCAAUUUGGUCAUCAACACGCAUCUUCUCCACGCUCUCCGCAUGCCGAGGUCAGCGGGUUUUGAUCCCUAGAGCUGAGGGAGGGGGGUAAGCGAGUCUUUGAGUGAUGUUCUUGGAUUGAUUACACGGAGUACCGAUCACUGUAAUAAGGGAUUUGAGACGGCAUGCCGUCAUCACUUGAGGUUGGCGUUGGCCACGGCAGGGAGGGCGCUUAUGUCAGGGUUUUCUAACAGCAUAACACUGGAUUCGCUAGCCGUAUAGCCACUGCGGCGGCCGUUACUAUUAUCCGUUGGCGUAGGCCUUUAGAGAAGCUUGUUGGCGUCGUAUAGACAACCUGAGAUGCUUCCUUGGCAUCGACUCGGUGAUCCGUAUCGAUUAAAUGUGCGAGAAUUGAGCUCGCAACCGAUCGGGUCUCACCUCUUCCUAGCCAGACGGACAUACAGUAGAUGUGCUAACUCAUGAAAUGUCAACCCGAAAUUUCGAAAUGCGUUCUCGUUUCGAAAAGAUAAAUUAAGUAGUGUUGUAAAACUAAUCAUGAUGCAGCAUAAAUCUAUAAUGAUCCAGUUACCGCAGGGUGUCGGCUUUCGAAAAAUCUUAUUUUCGCCUGCAUGCAGGAUCUAUACUCUGCAAAAAAUGACUACUUAAGUUGUAUGCAAUUUUUUCAUUGAUUUCCGAUGCCCUUGAAAAUUCAAUUAUAUUUCGUGGAAAACAUGCAUAAAAUAUUUAUUCUUUUACUUAUUCGGUAGAAAAUCACGUCUUUUUCCAAUUUCAUACUCAAAAGAAUAGUAUAAUUCGGUUUUUAAAAACUUUUCUGAUUCCCGACUAAUUUUGAACCCGACCUGCUGUUAAACUUGCGUUCAGGGUUUCAAAACUACAAGCUGUAUAUUUUCCGUGUACGGAAAACCAUGCAUGUCUCUACGGUGUUAAGAGGAGACCAUAUAAGGUUCAUAAAAUUAAGCAGUGGAUUUGAGCAAUAUUGUUAACUUUACAAGCCACAUCCGUAAAUGCAGAUACAUGACGUUUCAUGAACGGCCAUUUAACGGUAUUAAAAAAUCUCACAAUUAGAAACUUAGGUUACGAAAGAGAGUGGGCUAGUGAGACUCGUGAAAAACCUGGUUAAAAUAACACCUGAAAGCUGUUGGUUUUUGCGACUCUUCGCGGCACAAGUCGCAUUAUGCAUUUCAGUGGGUUAAACAGGACGCAGCGAAACUGCUCAAGGCCGAAAAAUAGUGUCAAACUAAAAUCGCACAACGGUUGGGGUGAGGCGGUGCAUUUGCUUUUCGAUAGACAGUUUCAUGCGCCAUACGGCUCGAACCCCAAGCAAAUGCUAACGCGUCAAAUCAACGCAGCAUUGCUGGUAGUGCAGAGGUCAGGCUUAUUACCGACCAACGGCCGCCCUCUAAAGAGGACUCAAUAGACCCACUGCGUUAUAGCCUCAUUAGUUUUUGGUUUCACUGGUUCCAGUCAUCAUGCAUCUUUUUUCGGACCGCAAAGCAUACGGGCGACUUAUUUUCUAGCGAAGUUGCAGGGUAACUACACAGUGUGGGUCUGUCUUACAAGACAUUAAUGACCUGCUAAUGUUUGUCUCGCAACGUCGAGCUAGACAGGAAUCUUUCUCUUGAAGUUGUAUGGUUUUCAACAGAAGAGCUUUUAAAUCCGAUACAUUGAACGACCAAGUGUAUUCUCAAAGAUUAAAUCUAGUCCUGAGUGCUUAUCAUGAUGCGCAGGAAAUUCUGGGAUCACAGACGAUGAGCCGAUUACCUCUAAGCUGCUAUACGGUCGCAGAAUAUCGGUUAAACUCCUUUCUGGGUGUUUAUCUGGAACCUUUGUCAUCAUUAUUGCGAAUUACGCAACGUGCGCACAGUGCUAACUGUCUGCUGGCAGCGUAUGAAUAGUACAUGGUUGUCCUGCCGAUGCUGUUGGAUUUCGUUCUAAUCAUUCGUGCUGAAUUUAACCCCGGCCUGUAAAACCUCAUUUUGAUCGAUUUACUCCAGGCUCAAAUAGCGACUUCUCUUAAGAUUGAGGUGGAUUACAUCCUUUGCGGACGACUUUACUACAUAUCAGAUCAGAUCAGAUUUAUUAAGGGAAAGGUAGGUGAGCGCCUUUGAACUCCCUUUUGGUUACAAUAACGUCAUAAAAAAACAAUGUGUAAGGCAAGUGUGAAAAAAAUUAGGUAAGUAAUUACAUACUACAUGAUGUAGAUAAUAAAACAAGAUAAUAAACCCAACCAUGUGGAACCCACUGCAGGCAGGUUGGGACAGCCCAGAGGUUUAGUGGGGCUAUCGAGCACCGAUUAAUAGGACCGGAGUUAUUUAACCUACCAGUCGAACAAGGGAUAAAAAUUCACGCCUUGGCAGUUGAAAAGCCUACGUCCACGAUUUGCCGCAACUUCACAUUAUGGUCUGCAUCCCUGUUGACUUUCCAGCCAGAGCUUGCCGAACAUUGCUGUGAGUGUGCCCUCUGCAACAGCAGUUACACAGUCGUCUAGCAUUUAAACUCGUCGACACCUCCCAAUCCUUAAAGUUAAGCAUCGGAGCCCCUUGUAAUCCAAACUGCUUUAUGUUUGAGAAGUCCUUUGCUGUUUGGGAAAUCCGAACCGCUAUCCUGUCUGCUGGAUUCGUGGGCGAAGUGGUGUCUUCGAACAAGAGAAUAAGUGCCUCCCGUAUGACUGGAGUUCUUGCACUAAAUCCAAGGGGAGGGAGGGGUUCCUUCUCUCGCCUCCCACUUGUAGCCCUAACUCUUCUUACCCCCACUUUGACCCCAAUACCUCCCUGAAACUUGACGGAAGGCUACGGGGGGGGGAAGUACUUAUCCCCGUGACCUGCUUAACUGGAUAAUUACACCGAACGUAAGUGACGACUUUCUCAUCGGAAUAUAGGCUGUGUAUCAGCUGGCCAUAAGGGACCACACCCUAAAGCUACGAAGUGAUGACCAGCAGUUCCUAAAACGCCUUCCAAAAGAGUAUCUUGUUGAAAGGAUCUUGAAACACCGGAAUGCCUGCUGCAAAACUUCAAGACUUUUGGUUUAGCAGCCCCCGUUUCUCGGCCGAUGGCCGGCUAAACAGUUUCCCUCUACACUGCUGGAGAGCGAGAGUGUGAUCGACUCUGUAAACUCCGUCUCUACGGCAUUCAGCACAUGUUCCUCCUUAUAGACAAUGUGACGCACUUUAGUCUAUCAUAGUACGUUAAAAGUCAUGGCUUGGAAGGCUUUCAACCAAUGGGAGAAGUCGAUCCUCCUAUAUAAACAGAAAGUCAGACUACAGGGAUCCUUUUUAAUAUGGACUCCAUGCCACUCCAUUUCAGUCGGGAUACUGGACACCACUAUUGUCCCUUUUUGAAACACUGGUCGUUUGUAUGCUGAACAGGCGUGUCUGUGUUGUUCCCAGAAUGCCUGCUUGACCCUGUCGUUCGCUGCACCCGGACUCCAUCUACGGUCUUCUUCGCUCUUGCCUGACAGCGGGCUCAUUCGGGUGCCUCUUUGAGUGACUGUCGCCCUAACCGCAGUCACAUGCCAACCAUUCUUAUACCCUUCACCUACACGGUGCUAAUAAGGACUCUAGAAACAACUGAUAUCGUGAUGACAAGCCAUUUUUCAAACUCGAAUUAAGCUCGUUUUUGGUCUCCAACUAGCUAAUCGACAUUUGCUUACACAGCGAUGUGCAAUUCUGGUGAGAUGUUUGAUUCGUAUAAUACUCCCCCUUGUUUUUCAUCAUUUGCUUUUUUUGCACUUGCAUCUCCGGCUGCUUGUGUCGUUUUCAAGGUCAGAUGCAUGAUGAAUGUUAUCGACCGUUAUUCAGCUCAUUCGUCUGUUUCAGCCUGCACUUCUGCCAAACUAAGUAGAGACUUUAAAUUUGGCAGUGGAUAAGUAAGUCAGUGAACUACACUUUUUCGGAACCUGAAGCUUUAGGACGGCGAUAAAUACAUCAGAAUUUACGGUUUCCUUAUGAAUUGCUCUUUCGUUUGAAGGACGCACUUGAGAGAGACAGCUAGUUAGACAACCUGGACAGACAACCUAUAACAGAGAGCAGCUUUUAUGCCAGGAGAGAACACCAACAUCAUCGGAGAGCAGUCACAGGGUGCCCACGGGAGUACGCAAUUAGUAAUCUAACCCACCCUGAAAAGGGCAGAAUGUUCUUGGCACUGUCAGCAAAGACUAGUCAGACUCGUUACGCCAUCUGUGCUGAAAUAUUAUGACAUCUCAAGAGCAGCUACGUGAGGUAAAAUUAUGUGAACUGGCUCUCUCUAAGUCGAAGUCUAGCUGAAAAGUGGAGAGAGGAUUCCGAAAGAAAACAAUCUCAAUUAACUAUUUAUUCCCCGGUUUCAUCACCCAGAGGACUCUGACUCCAAAUGCCCGAUAAGUCGCGGUUUGUAGGACGGAGGGGUCGUUUGGUGGAAGAAUGCUCUUCUGACGUCGACUGAUGACAGCGCUGUCUACUAAGUUAUUGUGCCUAACUGUAGAUGCAGACUUUUUUGAUGAUUAGUAAAGUCAUAAUAUCAUUAAAAAGUAGCCGGCCUAUCUCAUGGAGUGUUUUCAAAAAUUCUGAAAGGCGUUUUCAUUUAGAAAGGAUUACUUAGAUGGGCUUUUAAUAUUGAUUAUCAUGCAGCCAUGCCAGAAUGCUGUCUUUAAAAUGAGUUUCUUUUUAGACACCUGCAAUAACUCUAUGAAGUAAAAAAGUGACUACUCAGCUAAAAUCAGUUUUUCUCAUUGACGUUCGACGUCUUUUUAAAUUUAAAUGGGUUUUUAUAGAAUAUGUCCAACAUAGUCCUUUUCAUACUCAUUCUGUAGUCAACUAUCUUCUCCGUGUUACAUACUUGAAAAACAAUGUUUUUAAACUCAGAGGAUGAAGUAAGUCGCUACCAUAUGAGUACAUCAAGGGAUAAGAAUGGAAGAGAAUGUGCGCAUCCCAAGUUCUUGUUUAAAAGAGGACGAAGGCACGAUCACUUCGACUGUAGCUUUAUUUUGAAGAUAUUUUUUAUUUUUGCAGACAUUUAUUAAAGAAUAUAGUUGAAUUCAUAGAUGCAGCUAAAAUAAAUGUGAAACAUUCAGACCGUCUAAACGGUUAUUUUGUACCGAACAGGAAUUUUGGAAGAGACCGGAAUUAACCUAUUUGAAAACCUGACAUUCUGACGUGACAGUAUAAUCUUGAAGUUAUGCUGUACGAUAAUAAAUAUCAAAAUACUGCCUAUCUAGUCCUUUCUAAUUGAAAACGCAUUUCUAAACGAAGGUCAGAAUUUAGUGAGAUGGUCCAGCUACUGUGUAUUGGGAAUAGUUGUCGAACUGGCUGGAGGUGUACAGUGAGUGAUCGACCUCAUGAAAUGUUGACCGAAAUUCUGAAAUGUGUUUUCGAUUAGGAUGGAUUACUUAGGUGGGAUUAUAAUACUGAUUAUCUUGUGGCACAAUCCUAUAAUAUUUUGGACCCUGCAAGAGGUCGACUUUUAACCCUCUCUCAAUCUCCCGUGAAAACCGUCCUUGGCGAAAUAUGACUACUUAAGUAGCAUGCAUUGUUCACAGUGAUUUUUGAUAGUCAUAUAAAUUUAAAUAAAUUUUAUAAGAAAAAUGAGCAAAAAUAUUCUUUCUUCCACUCGUUUGAUAGGCAUUCACGCCAAAUUCAUAUUUUGCACUCGAAGAAUGAGUAUAAUUAGGUUUUCAAAAAGUAUCCAGUUACAAGAUUGUUCAGGACCGUUCAAUGUCUAUUCAUACAGCUUUGUACCUCUCCGUUUACCACUGUUCCUCUUGAAAUGUACAACAUAGUCCGCAUCCAUUGCAAAAUGUUAUGGAGCCAAUAGGAUAUCUUCUUAAAGGCAUGGACGAUUAUACGAUUUUCCUUAGGCGGAACGCAUGCACCUUGCAAACUGAAAUCGUUAGACGCUAAUGCAACGGCGGAUCAGGCUUCAAAUUAUUCGGAAAUUAGAGAACUUUUUUAAAACCAAAUUAUAAUCCUUUUUGAAGUGUAAAGUAGAAAGAUGACGUGACUUCCUAUCAAACGACUGAAAGAAAGCGUAUUUUUGUUCGUGUUUUCUAUAAAAUAUGUUGGAAUUUAUAAGACCUCCGAAAAUUAAUGAGAAAAAGGCAUGCUACUUAAGUAUUCAUUUUUUUGUCAAGUUCGGUUUCUACAAGGGAUUACCAGCAGUGUAUUCAAAAGCUGACAUUCUGUUGAGUCCGAAAUAUUAAAGGGUUAUACCGCAAGAUAAUCAGUAUUACAACCGCGCGUAAGCAAUCCUUCCUAAUCAAAAACACAUUUCAGAAUUUUGCCCAACAUUUCAUGAGAUCGGUCACUCACUGUAGGUUGUCGUGUCGUAGAAAGAAGAGAGUUACAUAAGCAUUAAUGAAUCUAUUCCUACAAAAAACCAGCACGUUACCCACUAUAACGCGCUGGUACUCUUGGUGUAGAAGGCUGUCAACCAAGGCACAGAUCGAUCCUUUUCAGAACUAACAGGUUAAAACAACGCCCCCUCAAUGUGACCUCCACGACAUUCUUACUGACGGGAGUUUGCAGCUGCCUUUACUGUGUCCUGGUACAUUGACUGGAGUUCAGGUUUCGCGUAACACACGUGGGCGGGUUGUUUGACUUAAUCAGCUUCUGCCCUCCCACACAUCUCCGAUGUUCUUGACACCGUUUUACCAUUUAAGCAAAGCGGUUAUAUAAAUAUGUGGGGUGGGAUGACUGGCUCACAAUUCCGUCUUAUUAAAAAACUAACCCCGACUGUGUGCCACUUUGCUUUCGACGGUUGAAAUUUCACAUUAGUAGAAUGGAAAUUUACUCUAGGGCUGGCUAAUACCUAUAACCUACGCGUGAUCAGGCCUUGUCACGCCGAAUUUAAGCAUCACUCAGGAACCCGGAAGUCUUCGAUCCUCGGUCAAGUUUUGUCUUUCUCAGUGCCCACGUUCAAAGCCGCUUGGGCUGAAAGUAGACGGGCUAGCAUUUAGCAGCAAAACUGCAUAUAUUUUCCAUUUACAUUACCCGCGAGGCUGAGAAAGCCGUUCAGAAUAUGCUGCAUAAGGAAAUAAAAGUAUCAAUUUGAGGACCUGCGUUUUGUCUCAGCUAUGGUGAAGGCGCCCGGCAGACACACGUGUUAAUCGCCACUUCCUGCAGGAUUGUAUAAUUAUUUACCGUAUUUACAACACAAGUAUUAGGUAAAAGCCCAGACACGCGUGUUUUGCCGAUCUUGAGCCGCUGCCUGAAGUAGCUACGGUAGUUUCGGCUUAUGACUGGGUCCCCCAGCUUCCCCCGUGUGUUUUCUGGUAUACAAACUCCAGUUUCACCUAGCCUUGUUUAAUUUCCGAGAAAAUUAAUGUGCAAACUUAAAGUAAAUCUUUCGAAACAGACGCACGGUCUCAAAUUUGAUAUGAUUAUUCGAGUUGUAAUUCAUCAGCUACUGCGCAAUAACCGUGUAAAACUCGCAAACCACCAACAGGCAACCAGUAGUAUAGAAUUAUGUAACCAUGCACCGAACUAAUAACACAGGUGUUAGCUGAAAGCCCGGACACGCGUGUUUCGCCGAUCAUGUGCCGCUGCCUGACGCAGCCGCCAGGGGUUCGGCUCAUCAAUGGGUCGCCCAGCUUUCCCUUUCUGUUACUUCCUAUAAUUUACUCUCUAAUUAUAGCUCACACAAUUUCGAAAUUGCCAGUCACAGCACAUACGGAUACACUUAUUUCCUAUGAAAAGGGUAUCAUAGAUAUAAGCACGGACCAAUUGCAGUGCCUUCAAAGAGCAAGGUUUUACAGUGCCUUUAAAAAUCGGUACACUUGGUACCUUGACGACCUUCAGAAUGAGAUAGUGUGAUAUUUUUGCUGGUCAAAAUAUCUCCCUGAGAUUCGUUUUGGUCACCUACUGUCACGUUUUAUAUAUGCAUCGUCGCUAAGCUAAUAAACUUCAUGUCCGAGCGAUCGCAGCUUCUUUCUCUGGAGUGUCACUAGUUCCGAACUCUCUACCAGCGUCGCCUCUGGAUGCGUGUUAAAAAGGCACUCCCCUCGACAUUAAAAUGACCCCUUCCUGGCCUCCAGGAUGAACACCCACCACCUCUCCAAGCCCUAGCUAUAGACUUUAUCCUUACUCUUUCUCGACCCUGACCCUACUUUAAUACUGAUCCCAACCCUGGCACUAAUCGUAACCUUGACCCCAAUGUCGAUCAGUCUGCACUCUAACGUAGGGCCAGCUGUAGUUCAAGGGGUUCCCAUUUCCGGGCUUACUGAACUUAGGACACGGGUACCGCAAUCACGCCUACAGCGAAUCGACUAAGCAAUUAUGACUUUCUUGCGGAGUUCUAAGAGAAGCCUGUUGCAUUCUGAGCGGCGACAUAUAAGACGAAACUUACAUUCGCGGAGAAUGUAUGCAUGCGAAGGAUAUUUUACAGAGUCCGCAAUUUUUCCCAUUGAAAAAUUUAUUUAUGGCGGGUUGUAGAAAGCACAGCGCUUGCACACAGCACGAAACCCGACUGUGUGAUCUUUUCAGCCUCCUUAAAGUGUUGAAAGUGAUAAUCGUAUUGUCAAAAUUAGGCAACGCAGCAUGCUUUGUAAGUCAUGAGAGUUUUGGGACACUACAAUAGAUGUUUUAUUUCAGGACUUGUUUACUGGACUUCUUUCUGGAUCAAAAAGAUAAACUAAUUAGGGUUGCAGUAUUAGUUACCGUGUAGCAAAACCCAAAGAUAUUUUAGUCACGUCAGGAUACCGGCUUUUGAGAGGGCCUCUGUUAAACCGCCUGCAAUAGCAGCACUCUGUAAAAAGGGAUUUUUUGAGUGACAUGAAGUUUUCUCACUGAUUUUUGAUGCCUUUAUAAUUUCAAAUAGAUUUCGUGCAAAACAUGCACAAAGGUAAUCGUUUUCACACUCUUUUGCAUUUUAUACUUAAAAAAGCAUCGCCUUUUUGUAAAAAGUUUCUAAUCAUAAGAUUUUGUGAAAGAGUGAGAUGUUUAUAUAUGAAAAAUCGAAUCUUUGCAUUUAUCAAUGCUGUUUCUAAAGUAUACAAUGUGCUCAAAAUUCACCGCAAAAUUUUAUGAACUUCAUAUGGUAUCAAUUCGCAGAAAAUAUCCAGCUUGUAGUUUGAAAACCACCAACGCAAGCUAGGUGGCAAGUUGUGUUCGAGCUUUCGUGAGAAAUGGAAAAGGUUUUGAUGACCUACUGACACUCUACUUUUAAGUACUAAAUUUAGAAAGACGUAAUUGUCUACCGAAUAAAUAACAGGAGAUAUAUUUUGUAACCGUUCUCUCUAAAAUACAUUUGAAUUUAUUAGGCGCAGACAGUCAAGGAAAAAAAUCGUGUUACCUAGACUAUCAUUUUUUAGAAAGCGCAGUCUUCGCAGACGGCUUAAUAGUAACUCGUUUAGAAUUCAGCAUCCUGACGGGCUUGAAAGAUCUUGGGUUGUGCUACACGGCGCUUGAUCUUAAAACUGCAUUUUACUCAUUUUUUGGAAUCAAACACACAUUUCAGAAUUUUGGUUAAUAUUUAAUGACACAACACACCUACUGUAGAUGGGAUAAACCUCUUGGUGGGCAUCAUGGGACAUGCUACCACAGAGAACACUGGAACAUAUAAAGUCCGGGAAUUUGCUUUACAGCCGUGCACAAAGUUAUUUAGAUUUACUCCAAGCUAAGCGGAAUGAAGCAUGAGAACCCUAAAAAUAUGUGAAAAUACAGGCAAAAGGCGGGGAUUAUUUUUAUUCAAAAGUUUUGUCAGAUAUGUUGAAAGGAAGUGUAUUCGGAAGCCAACAUCCCAGCAUGCAUGCCGUUUUACGGGAUUAUGCCACAAAUUAAUCAACCUGAGAUCCCGCCUUAAGUAAUCCUUUCGAAUCAAAAACAUUUUAUUUCAGUUUACAUUUCGUGAGCUCGGUCAUUGGCUGUAAGCAUGACCCUCAUCCUAACCCUAAAUCGGGAUUAAGGACAAGGCGAUCUGUAAUGCGGGAAAUCCGUAUUACCGUACUAAACCAACUAUAAGCUUUGUACGGCCGCAUUGCAUGCAAUGGGCGAGUGAAAAUAUUAAUUAAUUAAGUGCUUACAUCAUUGUUGCACUUUUCUGACUGUGCAUCGCUUUUAGAUGUAUGUUGUGCAAUAUCUGGAUUUGACAAAGAACGUUUUCAGCCAAAUAUUAACAUGAAAAAAGAAGAUGUUCUUCAGAGUUUUUCGAAGAACCUCUUUCUUUUCUUCAUAUCGCCUCGGAAUGUAUACCACCUCUGCUUUACAAAUAUUGGCAUAUCUGAAAUCCGUUUUGUACCGAUGCCUUGAAUCUGGAUCCUACUAAUUCGUUGUUGAUGACUAGUACGACAAGGCGCAGGAUUUACUUUCGAAAAUCUCCCGAUCUUUCUAAAUGUAAGGACCUACUUAUAUGUGGUUGGAAAAAAAGUCCAUAAGGGGCGAAUGCAGAGUCAGCACACAAACGGCGACGAGCCGGCUCAUGAUUGACCUGCCGUCAAUCUAAAGAAACCGUCAGCAUUGAAGUAAUUGUAGAAAGGCGCUCACAGAUCGUUCUUACGGAAACAACUACCCCUGUUAUGCCUUCCAGGAUCUCUCUUGAGCCCAACCAUCAGCCGCAAGGCGACGCGUGAUACAGGCAGAAUGUUAUUAUCGAAAAAGACAAGAGAGACCAGACUCUCAGUCAAACUAGAUUUCGACGCGAGAUCCUACAAUCUAAAUGCGGACAUGCAAUCUCUGUGAACCUCUUUUUGAAUUAAAAAGUAUCUUAAAGAGCACGUUGUUCAGCAACGACAUUUUUGUGUAAUUUAUGCAUAGGGUUGAAUAUGCACCCUGACAAAAGCAAGCACGUGACCUGGUGACUGCGUUAGAUCCGGCAAAUGUUCCAUGCCAAGAGGUUUUGACCAUCACCGCAUCAUUUUUUUCCCGUUCGAAGAUAUGGAAAACAUCUUCUUUGGGCAUUUUACCUGUUUUGGUAUCUCUUCUGUAUUCCUUCCUGUCUGCAAUUAGGAGGACGUUCUAUGGUCUAUGCUAGAGUCCACUUUGUUUCUGUACUCCCUCGUACUCACACGUUGAAUUGAUGCGGUACAUUUACGAAAUAACGAAUUACAGAAUACAAUGGGUGUUUUCCUAUGCUAGUGAUUUUUUUUGCAAGGCGGACAUCCUUGGCCCUAACCAGCCAUGAUCAUCUCACCGGACGAACUUACAUUGAAUGUUGAGAUGACUGUGUUUACAACAUAAGAAAAGGCAAAAAUACCAGGUUUUAUUACUUUUCUCAUAACAUCCUGGCGCGGUAUCUUACAUGCGAGGAGGUGGAAAUACAGAAACCAAGACUUAAACUGUCCCCAUAAUAAUCGUUCCUUUUGAUUCUGGAGUAACAUAUUAAUUUAUUUACUGCCCAUUGUGGAUGGAACACAUUUUCUGUUGAAAAUCUUAAAUGUUUAAUUUCAAAAUAAAGCAAAUUCUCCCUCUCUACAUCAGCCCAAAGUAAAGGAUGUUGUUUGUGUUCCGCUACUCAUGCCAUUAGACCCUUAUAACAAUAGCAGAAAACAAGUUGUUUUAAAGUUUCUUCUGCAGCUACAAGAAGACAGAUUAUCCACCUACUGAAAUAGAAGCUAAAAACUACAUCGUACAAGUGAACUUCAAUGGUCGUCGCUUACUUACUGCCAAACAGUUCAACGGGAAAAGCCUGCCGCGGAGAAUCCGUUUGGUGACAUGCCAACACUCAUAAUUGGUUUAAUAUUUCGUAAUUAUUUUGUCUUUAUCCGGGAUCUUUUAGAUGUUUGGUUUUUCGAAAGUGAAAUAGAAUAAGAUGUACGGGGAUCUUUACGAAAUUCCAAAAGCACAUCCUCAAACGGGUCUGAUUCAUUCGACAAACAGUAACUAUGAGGCAGUAUUAUCUACUCAGUCUAACUUAUUGCAUCUCCCUAGGCCCUCUACAGUCUGAUUGGCGUUGUGGACUCCGACCAACUGCCUCCGGGCCACAUGACUCCGGAGCAACACGCAGACGCCAUAUUUGCAAAACUGGACAUCAACAGAGAUGGGCAGUUGUCGCGGGAGGAGUUCAUCCGUGGGGCCUGUGGGGACGCUGAUAUUAUGGGCAUGCUCCAGUUCACGCAGUACUAG